CGAGGGGCGGGUUAUCAACAACAGUCGGUCUGUGGAGCCAACGUUUCUGAGGGACAGAGCCCGAGUGUUGUUUUGAAUUUGCUAGAAGACACCGACUGGAAGGGGGGCUAGGGCCUGUGGAAAAGAUGGCGGAUGUUGAAGGCGAUGAAACUCGGACGACUCUACCUUCGGCAUCCCGUAACGGUCCUGUGGUCAGUCCGUCUGCGGGCACCGCAGGCCAGAACGCCGCUGUGGUAACGUCAGGUCCGCGGAUGGUGAGGAUCGUCAAGUCGGAGUCUGGUUACGGUUUCAAUGUUCGCGGUCAAGUCAGUGAAGGAGGACAGCUUCGGAGCAUCAACGGGGAACUGUACGCUCCUCUUCAGCAUGUCAGCGCUGUUUUGCCCGGAGGUGCUGCAGACCGAGCUGGGAUAGCAAAGGGGGACAGAAUACUGGAGGUUAAUGGUGUGAGUGUGGAAGGUGCCACCCAUAAACAAGUGGUGGAUCUGAUCCGUGCAGGGGAGAAGGAGCUGGUCUUGGCUGUACUGUCUGUUCCAGCUCAGGAGGCUGACGGACUGGAAGGAGGAGAGGACAUCCAACCAAACUACGACUACAGCGACAAGCAGGCUGUGCCUAUUUCCAUCCCGACGUACAAACAUGUAGAGCAGCACUCUGAGAGGUUUGUGGUGUACAAUGUGUACAUGUCAGGCAGACAGCUGUGCUCAAAGCGCUACAGGGAGUUUGCAAUCCUUCACCAGAACCUAAAGAGGGAGUUUUCAAACUUCAACUUCCCAAAGCUUCCUGGUAAAUGGCCCUUCUCCUUGUCUGAACAGCAGCUAGAUGCUCGCCGCAGAGGACUGGAGGAAUAUCUGGAGCGAGUGUGCUCUGUGCGGGUUAUCGGGGAGAGUGACAUCAUGCAGGAGUUUCUGUCUGAAUCAGAUGAGAACUACAAUGGAGUCACAGAUGUAGAACUACGGAUAGCCCUGCCAGACAAGACCACCAUCUCUGUCAGAGUCCGCAAGAAUAGCACCACAGACCAGGUCUACCAGGCAUUAGUGUUGAAGGUUGGGAUGGACAGUAUAAUGGCGAGCUACUUUGCCCUUUUUGAAGUCAUCAACCACUCCUUUGUGCGGAAGCUGGCUCCUAAUGAGUUUCCCCACAAGCUUUAUGUGCAGAAUUACACGUCGGCAGUGCCCGGGACUUGCUUGGCGCUCCGCAAAUGGCUUUUCAGCUUCCAGGAGGAAGAGUUGCUGAGAGACAACCCGCUGGCACUGCAUUACUGCUUUCACCAGGCAUUGGAAGAUGUGAAGAAGGGAUUCAUAAAAACAGAGGACAAAUCCUACCAGCUGCAGAAGCUGGCAGAGCAGCGCAAGAUGGCCACGUACCUGAGUCUGUUACGGACAUGUGAGGGCUACAAUGAGGUGGUUUUCCCCCACUGCUCCUGUGACUCGAGGAGGAAGGGACACGUUAUCACAGCUAUCAGCAUCCAUCACUUCAAGCUGCAUGCUUGCACCGAGGACGGCACGCUCGAGAACCAGGUGAUUGCUUUCGAGUGGGGGGAGAUGCAGCGCUGGGACACAGAUGAGGAGGGGAUGGCUUUCUGUUUUGAGUACGCCAGAGGAGAGAAAAAACCACGCUGGGUCAAAAUUUUUACUCCAUACUUUAACUACAUGCACGAGUGCUUUGAGCGAGUCUUUUGUGAGCUGAAGUGGAGGAAACAGGUUGAGGAAGAGGCAUCUGACAAAGACAACAAAAACUGCAGCAACAAUGAGUAUCUGCCUCCUCUGGAGACACAGCAGAAGGGAUGGCGCCACCUAGGGGGGGAGAUCGCAACUUCCUAAAAAACAAACAUUUCUCACCACUCAAAUUAGAACUGGUCCACUUGCAUCAUCACAGCCACCCCGAGAGAGCGCCCAUCGACAAACACCGAAAAACUGAGUGACGGACUGAGGCGACGCACGGCCCAGAAACAAACUGGAAGUGACCGAUUUUUCAGGACUGGAAACGUCACAUUUAACAAACCCCAGGGACACUCACAGCAAGAAGAGCAAAGAAGGAAAACAAACAAAAGCCAACUUCCAUGUCAUUUACUAGAUCUCCAUAGCGUCUGUUGUUUUUCCGCCCUGUGAUGUGAGGGGAAGGACUCGAGUGAAAUCUCUGGUUGAGAUGUAACUCACGCACACACACGGCGUGUGAGCGGUCAGGGUCAACACAGCACUGGGGCAGCUUUUGCUCUAAGGGAGCAUCUCGACGAAGAGGAGCAGCAGUGUGGGAUCGGAUUAUGUUAGACGGUUCUCCCAACUGGAUCGGCUCUGUUCGAAGCCCUCAGUCUGGCCCUUAGUAGAGAUGAAAAAGAGAACAGGAAAAUAAGCAUUUCACUUCCUUUAUCGUGACAAAGGAAGAAAGCAGGAUCAUGCUUUACGCCGAUGACUGACUGAUGCAAAAAUGAGUGUUUGAUAAUGUUAUCUGUUAGGUCAGAGGUGUCUGUCUUUGUCAGAAAACAUGAGUAACUAACUGAAACCAGAUGUAUGGGAGGGAGGCGGGCUCAUAAUGUUUAACAUUGUUACUUCUGAUAAAAUAUUGAUUAAUAUAAGAGCUAUAAUAAUUGGUUUCUUUGAUCUAACACAGUGAAACACUAACUGAAUUACAUCCAAGCAGCUCUAACCAAUCUCCAUUUUUCACCUUGUCUCCUGGUCCAACCCACGCAGCCUUACGACGACAUCUCUUGGCAGUCUGCCAUUAAUGUCAGUAUGUGUAUUUAUCCCCCCUUGUUGAUGUUUUAUUGUGGUGAUUUUUGCAGAGCUUGGAAUUAGAGAGGAAUAGGCUCGGGAUGAUCUCUUAAGAAAAGGUUGAUGGGCCAAUGAGUUGAUGAUGUUUAAAAUGGCACAAAUGGGGGAAAUUUGUCCAAGAAAUUGUGAAUAUGAAGAGGAUUAUGCUGCGGAUUUUUGAGCAGGCAGCAGAGGGCAGCAGAGGGUCGGACAGAUUUGGUUGUUAGUUUUUGGAGCAGGACAGAAAUCCUCUCAGAGCUUCUUAAAGAGUGAUCCCCGGGGCUCUGUAACUCACCCAAAAGUAUCACUCCUCUGCAGGUUGUACAUUAACAACUUCAGGAGGACAGAUGGUGUGUGAGUGUGUUGUAAAAAGAGUAGGUGAUGCAUGAAGUUUUGUGACUGCAACCAUCAGCAUACAUAGUGAUGCAGGCAGCUGUCUGCAACCAUAUACCUACAGUAUUAGUUGGGUGUUAAUGCACAUUGCCUAAUUAUAUGACAGAUUGAAACAUUUCAGUUCUGUUAGUUUUUUUUAACAGUUUUACUUUGCAUUUAAAGCAGGGUUGAAUUAGGGCAGGACGAUUUUAAAUAAUUAUUUGCAAUUAUUUUGACUAAAAUUCAGUAUGAAUUGUUGUAUUGAAGGGAAUGAUUAUUGUCUGUCAUUCUCAUUUUGGUUAAAAAAAAACAACAUACAACUAGGAAAGCAAGAUUUGAAAAAUGGACUCUUGAAUGUCUGCAUGAUGUCCCUGCAGUAAAAAAAAAAAACGUAACAAACUGGUAUUUUGACACACUUUCCAGGUUAAGGAACUACUGCAGUAGGCCGAAUUGCAAUUUAGUCUAAAUUUUAAUGAAUUGCUCAGCCUUAGUUUGUGGACUGACAAGAAAACAGCUCCAGGAUUGAGACAUUGUCUGUGUACAUGUUAUUUCCACCUGAAUACAGCAGAGUUGUGUUUAUCCCACUAAGGGCUACAAGUUUAUCUUGGCAGGUUCAUUACUGACUCACUCGUGUGCUUCACUCUCUUUCUGGCAUCGACCCACCUCCUGAAACUGAGAGUGAAGUUUUUCAUUUAAUUCAGACUGACUUUUAGAGCACAAGUUCAAGUUUCACAUUGUCAAGAGAUCCUUUUUUUAAGCUUAGUGAUCAGUUCAAUGAAAUAUUUAAUUCAUCCCCAAGUUUAAUAAUUUACCUUUUUUUCUACCUUGGAGCUAUCUGUUAUGUGUGUGUGUUCUCAGCGUGUGUGUCCUCUGUGUUUAUCGUUGACAUUGCUGAUAAGCUUCCAGGCUGCGAUUGGUCGCGUCUGAUGAGCUGUCGGUGUGAGAGGCGGCGAAUGAAGAUGGGGUUUUGAGUCUGUACGACAGAGGAGAUGCCAGACAGAUGGAGACAAAUGGGAGUUGUUUUCCAUUGUCUGGCGAACAUUCACAGCCCCUCACACACACAGACACACACCCUGUCUCCUGCCACUCUGUGCUCAUGCUUUGACAAGAUCGUUAAACGAAAGAUCAAAUACGGUUGUCUUUUUUUCAUCCAGUUCUUGCCUCUGUGCUCAGGGCUACAGCAUACAGCAAUAUUCUACUUUAGUAGCAUGUUUUCUGUGCACACCAAACAUAGCUGGGUUGAGGGGUUAAACUGCAGAUUGCUGGAUGGUCAUUCUGACAGCUGGAGUAAUAGCCAAUCCAGAGAUGGAUGACAUCAGAAUUGGGGCCAUUCAACCAUGAUGGUGUUAUAUUUUAAGAUGCUGAUAGUGGUUGUGUGCUUGUGUCGGCUCCUCCGUCCUUUGCUCUUACUCUCACCAGGUUUGUCUCCCAUCAUCACAGGGGGGAUGCGGUUGCCGUGGCAGCACCACGUUGGCUCGGCAUGCUCAGUGCAGCCUCUGUUCCUUUUAUUCCUGUCAGCCAACUGACUCAUUCCCUCCAAUAAUGUAUUCAAAGCAGUGUUUUUUUACUGUUUGAUGUUUGUUCUCUGUCCCUGUGGCUCAUGCUGCUGUGAAUAGGCUUAUAGAAAGCUGCUUUUUUUUUAUUAUACAUAUUUUUGUGUCUUGGUUUGUAUUGUCAGCGCAAUGUGCCAUUGUGCGUUCGGCCUCAGUCACAGGCAGGUGUGCUCAGGCUGUCAGUUGUGCGUUUCGGCCAUUGGUGAGAUAAAUGUCAUAGUAACAGAGUUGAGGUGAAAGAGGAGAGGCGACAGGAAUGUUAAAAAGCACGUUUUGUCGUACGGUUGCCCAGUGCUUGUGAGUUGUGUAUGCUGUGCUGUAGGCUUUGUGUGUUUAUAGUGUGAGAUGUUGGACAGUCUUGGUUAGAAAGUGAAUGAUUAUGUAAAAAAAAGAGGACUGAAUUUCACUCAUGACUUAACAGAUAAAGGAAUGUUGGUGCAGUAAACAGAUGGACUGAAGAUGAUGCUCAGAAAGUUUGUAUAGAUUGUAUAGGUUGCUUUACUAGUAAGGUCUGAGUUCACCAAAUACCUCUACUAGUAAGACAAAAUUUCUGUCUACUGAUACGACUGUAAGCUAAAAAAUAAGAGAGUAGAACUAGUACACAUUUGUAGCUCUGUUAGUACUAUUAGUACACUGUAAAACUGAACAAGUUGAAACUGCAUAAAUUUUUGUUGACACUGAUUACGUCAAAGUUGUUAAAGUAUUGGAAAUACAUUUUUGGGGUAAUUAUUACUCGUACAUUUAUGUUUGGUUAACUUGACUUCAAUAAGUUAAACUGCCAUGAACGGCAUGUUUAGGUACUUACAGUAUAACUACACCAUCUUCAUUUACAGCUAUUUUUCCUUAUUUCAAUCACAUAUUCUAAUCUUAGAUAUUAAUGACACCCAAGGUAGUCCAACUUAAGUAACUACAAGCGGCAAUAAGUGAAAAGCACAUACUGAACUAAGAAGUCUUCUUCCAUCACGUUCAGUAACUUUCAUUGUGUAUUGCUGUUGGACCCCACUGGUCUCUAACUAAGUUUGUAACUUCCCUCAUGGUGCAGAAGAGUCUAAUGCCCAAAGGCAUUCUGGCAAACAAUCUGCAGAUUAAGUAAUGAUUGUCAGAUAAUUUGAGUAAAGCACUUAAGAGGAUUGAGAACUGUUUACUUAAAACUAAAUAUGUGUUCAGUUAACUCAGAAAAAUAGAGAUGAAACAGCUAUUUUUAAGUUAACUCAACUUAUUUUUUAACAACCUUCAACUGUUCGAUCUUACAGUGUAGACUCAAAAACAGUGUGCUUGUAGUACAAGUAUACACCUUUAAUCUUACAGGUAGUACUAGUUAGACUAAAUAUGUUUACUAGUAGUACUAGUAGACCCAAUGCAAGAUUAGUAAGUGCGAUUUUUCUAUGUGUAAAUGGGAAGCCUCAGCUCACUUCUUCCCAUUUUCUGAUUAGCAUUUAGAGCUUACUAGACUGAACUUUUAAGGCUAAAACAGUCUACUAGUAAUACUAGUAAUACUUAAGAGCAUUUUUUAGUCCCUGUAAAGUGAAAUCUAAAAUUUGUGUCCUAACACACUAGAUAUGAUAGAAUAAGCUUGCUCUAAACAUAUGAAAACACUUAGAUCUAGGUGUGACUGAGUUUUUGUUUUAGACCAUCAGAAAGUUGUUAACCUUUUUCCUGGACUGGUUUAAUUUGAGCAGGACAAAUACAUGAGUCCAUGACAUCACCAGUCCUGGUUGGGAAAUACCUUGUUCCCCUAACGCGAGAAUGAUAUAAAAACAGCAAGCAGUUCAUCUCAAUACAGUCUGUUGUUAGCAGAUGUCACUGCCUUCAUUGAGAGUUAACAGCCAGCUACAUGCUGUGAUUUUGUUCACUGUGAGGUUAACAGCCAAAGUGGCCUAUGGGUCAUUAAAAGCAUCAUAAUGGGAUUUGUACCAGAAAACAGUAAAUUUAAUCCCUAGCUUCUGUUUUUCUUCUCUGGCAUAGAGCCAGGCAGCCAUUUCUUGUAAUAUCUUCCCACUCCAUGUUGUAGAUGUUACUGCCUUUUUCAUGAAUUUAAAGCAGAAUUUAAAAAGUUUAGAGAUGUUUUUCAUGACCAAAAUUUGGCGUGGUGGUUCAUAACACAGUGGCUUGUCAUACAACAAACCUGAAGUACAGAUUUUUUUGUCACUUUACAGGGACUUUAAGGUCGACUAGUAGUACUAGUGGCCUUUUUUGGCCUAGUACUGCUAGUAACACUUUUUCUCUGCUAGUAGGCCAUAACUGAGUACGAGUACUCAAAGUUUGACUACUAGUGGAGCUAUACAACAGUUGCUGUCAUCCAUGUCAAAUAAAUGCUCGAACAGCUUUCCACAAUGGUCAUCAUGACCACCACUGAAAUGUGUGACUGAGUCAAGCUGUUGCUAUAGCAACAUAUACAUUUUCUGAGUUUCGUGCCAAAUUGGCGCUGCUUUCCCUACCAUCAUUCAGAGGGCCGAUAUUGUCUUUUGAAUUCUCCAGCUCAGAAUCAGGUGAUCAGAGUAGCAUCAGUGAGUUGGUCUCUCUCCUCUGACUCUGUUGGAUCUGCCUGAGACGUGUAUUUUCGUCUCAUCAAGUCGAUUCCUGGAACAGGUGUCCAUGUGGGAGGACAUCAGCUGCUGGUUUUCCCAUGUCAGCUGCCAUGUCCUGCCUCUGACUUACAUGUAGUCGGAUGUAAGUGUUAGUGUUAAAAUAAAAGUGUUAGCCUUUGUGUCAUUUAUUUCUGCUCAUUGCUUAGAAACACAGGGCUUUUUUUCCAUCGCGAGUAGGCAGCAACAUUAAUAAACUAAGCCUUGUUUGUCUGUCUCCAGCAUUAACCUGUAAAUAGUUUUAAAAAGAAAAGAGAGUAUCUCUUGGAUUAAAUGCACUCUUGUUUCUCCGAUUCAAACUUUUAUUUAUUUAAACAGAAAUUAUAAAGCUUGGGGAAAUGAUGACAACGCUGGAGCUACCUUUGAUUCUGUGCAGGGGCGACGGCUGUACUGAGGAUUAGCUCUAACUACACAAUAAAACAAGCUGUUUAAAGAUGCAGAACUAGGCUACAAAAAUGAGUUUUAUAUCUAAAAACACACAUGAAGGUUUACUAACCAUAUAAAAAAAGAAAAAGUUUGAAAAUGUUGUGUAGAGUAAUAAAUUGUAACAAUAUUUUAAAUAAAGUUAUAUAUUGGGGAAGAAAUCUGUCUGUAUGCUUUUAUUUACUCUCCACAGGACAUAAAGUGAACUGUAGACUUGUUAUCUUUGUGCUGGCAGGAAUGUAAAUGAGCUCCAGGAGGCUUUUUAGCAGCUGUUAAAUGAUAAAGCACUCAGGUUGUGUUUAUCA